AUGCAGAACGCCAGAGUCGCUGUCCUGACCCGUCCUUCCAGCGCGAAGUCGGCGAGCUUCUCCCUCGAUAGUCCCGAGGUAUCGUCCGCCUUGGCUUUGGUCAGGAAAUCCGGGGCAAUUGUCCCAUCCUCUCGCUCAACUGGGGAGCAACCGAAGACCUUCACUUUUACUGAAGCAGACCUGACAGCCUUCGCCCAAAAAAUCUUGAACGACGCCAAGGCAUCUGCAAGGGCGGAAACGGCUGCCCAAGCUGCGGCGAAGGCAGAGGACUCGGACUCGGACUCGGAUUCUGAUAGCAGCGGUACCAUCCCACGGAAGCAGGCUUCCACUCGCGCUAAGGCUAAGGCGAGCGGCGGGAGCUACUCUAACAAUCGCCGUAAUGUCGGCUCCUUCAACAAUAUCGGAGGUGCCCCUCCAGUGUCCAAGAAGUCUCGUACUGGAAGCAACAAAGGGUCCGAUGGGUCAAACAACGAUGAUAACUACGGGUCCUUCAAUUUCAGCACCGGUGAGACUGCCCCUGGAGCACGCAUGCCCUGGGAAGUUCCGUACAAAUUCCACAAGAGCUCUUCAGGAAAGGGGGGUAAGAAGUCUAAGAAGUGUGGGUCAUCAAAUUUGUUCAUUGGUGUCCGCGUUUCGAAGCUCAUCUCAAUUACUUUUCUAGCUCAGGACUGA